AUGGGCUCUCCAAGCUCAAGCCAGGAGCCGCCACACUCAUCUGAAUCCCAAUCGCAAUCUCAACUUCAACAUCAGCCGAGGACUCAGCGGUCACGAGGCGGAUGCCAGACGUGUCGGGUUAAAAAAGUAAAGUGCGACGAGACGCGACCGAUUUGCCGACGAUGCAUCCGCCUGCAAUUGUCCUGCGACUAUACGCGCCUCCCUCGCAAAAAGUACACCAGGCGCGUUAUCACUUCCCCUGUCGCGUCUUAUCCUGCCAACUUGAUUGCCAGUGCAGAUGUGGCGUCAACGCCUAGCACCAGCUCUACAGCCCGUGGUGGUCACCCAUAUCCUGGAGAGGCAUACUCUGCAGGCUCUCUAUCCGAUACUCAGAGUGCAGAUAUCAUUUUACCACCACUGAAUUCCAUUGCCGACGAUGGCCUCGCACUUGACCUCUCACUCGACUGUGCCGCUAUCUUGUCCCCUUCCGAUCACUCGGCAAUCCACUUCUUCCGAUUUGUUCUUCCAGGGAUGGUCGGGACGCGGAUAUCGAUGCACAGUGGCCCCGGGUUGGUCUGGAAGUUGGCUCAACAGAGUCCCAUGGUUCUUCACAUGGUCUGCGCAGUCAGCGGCCUGUCCUGGUCCGAGAAGACAACUGGUUCUGAGUCAGAUGCUGAGUUUAGACGAUUGAGAGCUAUACAGCACUAUAGAGAGGGUUUGCAGAUGCUAGCCACGGCCACGCAGGUCCCUAGCGAGAUCACCUAUCUGCCACCUGUUCUAGCUACUUUAUGGCUCAUGCUCUUGUACGAGCUCAAGUUCGGGGAUGGUUGUGGCAUUGGGUUUGAUGCACAUCUUCGAGGCGCCACUUCAAUAUUACUAGGUCGAUCGCAACUCAACAGCAGUGAAGGUAGUGAGCAGCGUAUCGCACAUAUCAUUGAAGCAGAGAGCUUUUGCCCUGUCUCCUGCCGGAUACUCAUCUGGCUCUCACAUGCCGAUGGAGGUGCUGUUCUGAAUGGCUUUGGCGGGGCAGUCAACAACCUUCUAGGAGGCUUUUCACUCGACAUGUCUGAAAGAGAAGCGGAAGGUCGACUAGAACGCGCAAGAAAAUUACAAAAGCGCUCUGUUCUUGCCAACUACGACUUGUGGGGAAGGUCAUAUCCCCAGACAGAGCUGCUGGAGGAUCUACAGUGUAGUGACCUAUCAUGCUUCGACGCUGAGUGCGCUCAGCUGAAGUUCAUGGUUGGUGCCCUGGCUGCAGCUGAGCAUCGAGAUAACGUCCCCCACGCCUCGUGGAGACAAUCUGUCGCAGGUGCCAUCCGUAACGUCAGAUCUAGAUAUGGAGAGUUGAUUAGCAUCGCUAACCGCCUCGAACUACCUGAUGAUGGGCCUCAUAGACGGUUCGCAAUGGAGAUGCAGUCGGUCGUCUCCUGCUUUCACGCCGUAUAUGUCUGCUUUCUCCGCAUCACUCACGGACAAGAACCAAUGUCGCCAGAGCAACGCGAGGCCAUGAAAGAAAUCAUGUCGCUGGCAUUCAAAGCAUACCGAGAUCAGGGAGAGGAAGGUCUAGCCCGGCUAGGCUGGCCAUUGUUCGUCGUGGCAAUUGAGUCAGACGAUAUAUUGCAUAGAUCUUGGGUUCUGGAGCGGUUUAGCGAGCUGGCAUCCCAUGGAGUAAACUAUCGCCAGGCUUAUCAAGCUAUACAGGUUGCUGUAGGAAGUCGGCCACUAGAUGAACGAACAGCGGGCUAUUUUGAAGUGUUUCGCGUCGAAUCUUUCCCGCGAUUUUUACUUUGUCAGGGCUGUUGA